GGAAGAAAUACGUACACAGGAAGCGGGUUCGAGGGAGUACACGUUGGCUUCACUGGCCGAGUAACGCCAGGCUUGAUUCAGUUCCCGAAUGUUCAUCCUUUCCCGAACAAUCACGAGGGCGACAGACGUCAUCGUGACAUGUCGUAUGACGAAGCACGUGCUAUACAAGAUCAAGAAGAGGGCCGAGGAUCAAGGCCAUACUCCACCUUUAGAUCUCCAUUUUCACCGGUGUACUCCAAUGCUCCAGCAAUGUUUGGUUGGCGAGGACAAGGUCCAUCAUUCCAGUUUCACAGGGGCUUCGGUGGGUUUGGAGGCUUCCUUCAUCAUAAUGCCUUACAUGGUCCACAUGACAUGCACUAUAGACGACCCUUACCACAUGUUAUAGGUAACGCAUAUGAUAGUCCAUUUCCAAGAUUUCAACCAUCAAAACCACCUCCAUUUUCCAGAGGGAUAAUGUCACACCCACCAAUGUUCAGAUACGAGCCCGCGCAUGCGCCCAGUUACGAGCCCGCGCAUGCGCUGUAUCCCUAUAAUUCGAUGCAUAGACCAUUUGUACCUUUUGUGGCGCCACAAAAAGGGUAUUAUAAAUAAACGUUACUAAAAUGUCGUAAAUACUCAGUGCUACUAUUAUUUUAAUGAAUGUUUUGCGUGCGUUGUACCAGAUGCAGUCCUGUAAUUAAACGUAAUUCUAAAUAUGUCGUUGAAAACUUACCUUUAUAACUUGAAAAGAUGUCUACAUAAUAAAAAUAGAAAAAAACUGCGUAAAUGGUAGACAAGAAAAUUAUAUUACAAAAAAAUGUAUGUAUCUAUUGUCUUAAAUUC